AUGACUGAAAAUCUUCCCCCACUGCCAAUACCUACGGCACCUGUAGUGUCGCCCCUCAAUACCUCUAUACGCGCCGCCUAUGCCAAGGCCUGUCUCGACACCUACCUUCGGGCAAAGCUCUCAGCCGAAGACCCCACCAGAAACCCAAAUGACACUUUGCCUCCACCUGAAAAAGUCACCAAGACCGUUGCUGACGGUGCUUGGGAGAAGACCAAAGACUAUGCCGGAGACGUUUGCAUCGUUGGCGCUGGUGUCUCAGGUCUCUACGUUGCCAUGAUGUUGAAGUACCUUGGCAUCAAAAAUGUGGACAUAUUGGAGGCUUCCAACAAAGUGGGCGGACGUUGCUACACCUACUCAUUCCCGGGCAAUCCUAGUUGCAAGCACAAUUACUACGAUGUUGGUGCGAUGAGAAUCCCAGACAUCCCGACCAUGAAGUCCACUCUCAAGCUUAUCGAAAUUCUCGACAUGGAGGAUAACAAGCAAGAAUACGUGUACAAUUUGAGCUAUGAUUUGCCUCACAUGUAUAAUUACAACCAUAUGUCCAAGCCAGACGGAUCGAAAUACGAAGACGCCAUCAAGGACAUUGUCAACAAACUUAGUGUGGACUUCCACGGUGAAUUCAGAAGACUCACGGAUGGCGAUGAUGACAACUAUUCGACCAGGUCUUGGCUCAUGAUUAAAAAGGGUUCCACUGGCUUGUUUGAUCAAGCGUUUGUCGAGUCCUUAUGUGACUACAGCGACUUUCAGCUUGCGAAGGAGAAGCCCUGGUAUCGCAUUGAUCAGGGGAUGGCUACUGUUCCCGAAGCCAUGUCGAAAUACCUGUCCAGUAAGACUGGGAAGUUCAAGGAUGGAUCCCCGAUCAUCAAUGUGACUUUCAACGCCCCAGUCGUCGCGAUGGGUAUGAAGGGGAACAAGAUUGAGGUUACACGAACUGAUGAAUGCGGCAAAACACCCCAAUCCAAGAACUACGAUAUGGUAUUCAACACUACCGCUAUGGCACCCUUGCAGAGAAUGGAUCUUUCGAAACUCGGACUGGGACAUGAUAUUCUCUUGGGCAUCCGAGCCUUGAGCUAUGACCGCGCUAGCAAAGUUGCCAUCAAGUUCAAGAGUCGCUGGUGGAAGAGCAUGUAUAAGAAAAAGGGCGACGUGGGCGGCAUCUCCGGUACCGACCUGCCCAUCAGCAACGUCGUCUAUCCUUCCUGGGACGAUGGUACGGACGAGGAAGGAAAUGACUACCCAGCGGUGCUCAUGGUGUCUUACAGCUGGGCGCAAGACGCGACGCGUAUCGGCGCUCUGAUUCCCGACUACACCAAGGUUACCCCGAGCCAAGAUGAUCCCAUCGUAACCCUCUGCCUCAAGGACCUUGUUCUUCUGUGGGCAGAGCAAGAUGAUCCGCCAAGCCUUGAGUUCUUGCAGGAUCAGUAUGUGGCGCACCACGCAUGGGCCUGGUCCCAUGAUCAGUACACUGGAGGCGCCUUCGCGCUUUUUGGACCAGGGCAGUUCAAACAUCUCUACCCCAAAUUCCAUCAGAUCUUUUGCGACAAAAAGUUCAUUAUGUGUGGCGAAGCCCUUAGCGCCCAUCAUGCAUGGAUCUCUGGCGCACUUGACAGCGCCUAUGUUGCCGUCCAUAGAUGGCUUCUGGCCAUCGGCAGGGAGGAUCUGUGUAAGGAGCUGGAAAGGUCCUAUUUCGGACCAGGUGAGAACAAGAAUGUGGAGGAAUUGGACAAGAAUCUUGCGGAGUGGGCCGUGAAGUUAAGUGGUGCUAAAGAACCAGAACACAAAGUUGGGUCGUUGUGGUAG